GUGAAGAGACCGAGCAGUACGGUCGCGCAAGGCUGAAAGCGGGAUUCUGGAAGAUCGUGGAGCAGCGCAUGCGAGAUAAGGGUUACAACCACAAAGACGACCAGUGUAAAAAUAAGUUCAGCCAGAUCUUGGAGUACUACAGGAAGUUGAAGGCGCACGAGAGGCGGUCUGGUCGACAGAGCUAUUGGGACAUGAAUAAAGCUCGGAGGAAGAGGUACAACGUUGAUUUUGUGCUUAAGCGGAGUUGGUACGACAUCAUCGACCUAGUAGAGAAGAACAAGGACUCCAUUGAUCUCUCCAAUUUGAUGGACUCGGGUGCGGACAAGGAGCGGCUGGAAGAUGAGGAACAGACACAUAUUGGGGUGGGGGAGGGGGGGGUUGGGGAUGAGGAGGCGGCAACAGGUUUUGGAGGGUCGACAGGCGGGUCCCAAGGCACAGGUUUUGAGCCAACGCUUGGGAAACGAAAACGGGGUUACGUGAGUGCGCGUGAAUCGGGUGUGAAGUCUGUGACGGCUGCUAUGCGUGCUCAUACAGCGACAUUCACACGUUCUGACAAGGAGUGCGUGCUGAUGAGGAUAGAAGCGACACGUGUUAUUGCCACGCAACAGGUGGAGGCUCGUCGGGAGCUGAUGUUGGAGGACAUUGCGUCUCGCGAAAGGGUUGUCGACAGGAUGGGGGAGAGGGUGGAAAGGGGUUACUCAGUUCUUGCUGAUGCCAUUCGCAGCUUGCGUAGCAGUAGAGGAAGCCGAUCGGGAUCACCGAGUACCAGUGAUUCCCGAUAGUGUCCCUUAUCCGCAUGCAUCGAUUACAACAGACAACUUUGUUGUAAACCAUGCAUUUUGCGA